GUGUGAUGUCUGUGACCGCCGCUUUGCCCAGCCGGCCAAGUUGCUGGCCCACCGCUCCAUCCACAGCGGGCAGAAGCCCUUUGCCUGUCAGACCUGCGGCCGUUCCUACAAUCGGCUCGACAACCUUCGCCGGCACCAGAGGGCUCACCUGGCGGACGGGCCAGCGGGCCGCGGCCGGAGAGGAGGCCGCAACGCGCCGGGACCUCCUGCGCCCCCCUCUCCCUCCCAGCCGCAGCGCUGUGGUGAUUGCGGUCGUGGCCGGGGCCGGGGCCGGGGCAGGGGAAGGGGCAGGGGCCGGGGGGGGAGACGGCCACUCUCGUGCCCUCUGUGCCGGCGAGGAUUUAACCUCUUUUCUACCUUCUUGGCGCACCAGGCCGCGCACACUGGCGAGAAGCCCUUCCGCUGCCCUGUCUGCGCCAAGGCGUUCGGUGUGCCCGCCUCCCUGCGUGCCCACCAGUCCAUCCACACCGGCCGGAAGCCUUUCCGCUGCCCAACCUGUGGCAGCUCCUACAACCGUCUAGACAACCUCCGCCGGCACCAGCGGGCUCACCCGCCCCUGGCAGGGGAUGAGGAGGUCGGGGAGGGGGGAGAGGAGGGUGGGGAGAGGGGGGAAGGGGGCGGGAAGGGACACACCGUCUGA